AUGUUAAGUCACCGAAAAGGUGGACAGCAACAACACCCGUACGGAAGUCAACAACAUUCACAAGGGUACCCUCAGUACGGUGCAGGUCAGCAACAGUACGGCGGAGGCCAGCAGCAGUACGGUGGAGGCCAGCCUCCUUUCCAGGGACAGCAGCCACCGUUCGGACACGACCAGCAAGGCCAUGGCUACGGAGGACUACAACCACCUCAGCAGCAGCAAUUCCAUGGUGGCAACAACCAACCUCAAGGUGGCUACAAUCAGCCUCCACCUCAGUAUGUUGAUGUUGGAAGUGGAAUGACAACAUCACAAGAUGAGGAUUAUGUCCUAAGUAGCGCAUUACUAGUUUCACCAUCUGAAAAUGUUGUCACACUCGAUGAAGUCAUUCAACAUUGUGGUUCACUAAAUCGUUUUCAGUACUUCCAUUACUUCUUUCUCAAUCUAAUUCCAAUAACAUCUGGUAUUAUUGCUUUCUACUACGUAUAUGGUGUUGCAGAGCCUUUGCAUCGUUGCCAUUUACCAGACACUAUUUGGUUAAACGACCAAUAUCAUCCAUUCAACUCGACUCAUCAAUAUUUAAUUGAUUUAUGGAUACCAACUCAAGACAAAUGUACCAUUCGUAAACCGUUAUCCAGUAAUUUAUCUCAGCCAAGUAACGAAACAAUCGCUUGCAUAAAAUGGGUUUAUGAUCGAACAGUAUUUGGACGUACAUUUACAGAAGAUGCCAAUUUCGUUUGUCUUAAUAGUGUAAAACGAAGUUUUUUAUCAUCAGCAUUACAAAUGGGCGCAAUGUUUGUGUUGUUCACCGGACAACUAGGUGAUAAAAUUGGACGAAGAAAAUCGAUACAAAUCAUUAGUAUUAUUCUGUUAACAACAUGUGUCGUAACACAAAUUCUUCUACAAUUUGUUCCAAUGACAAUAAAUACAAAAUUUGGAUUAUUACUAUUAAAUCAGUUUGUAUCAGGUAUUGAUUCUUAUAUGAUCGUCUUUGUUUUACUCAUGGAAUUGACCAAUUCGACACAUACAAGUUUUGCUGGUAAUCUUGCUUUGGUUACGUUUACAUUAGGCGAAAUAAUCGUCACAUUAUUUGCUUAUUUAUGCAAAAGCUGGUUACUGUUAAAAUGGGCUGUUACUUUCUUUAUUCUGCUUAUCGUCCCCUAUCUAUAUUUUAUUCCAGAAUCUCCCUACUGGUUAUAUUCAAAACAGAAAUACGAUCAGUUAGAGAUACAACUACGACAAAUAGCUGAGGAAAAUCGCCAACAAGAAUCUAACUGGUUCCCGUAUUAUCAAAAGCUCCUAAAAAAUCCAGCAGAUAAUUUGCAAUCAGAAAUGUCUCGUGGACACAAGAUAAAACGUCUGAUGACACAUAGUCCAAUAAUGUCCAAAUUAUUGAUAUCCGGCGCCAUUGGAUUCACAGCAAUGUUGUUAUACAUCAAAAUCUCGUAUGGUCUAGCUGCGAUGGAAAAUGUCAAUCCUUAUCUAAACAUCAUUAUCGGGGCUAUUGUAGAAAGUAUUGGAUAUUUAUCUGCCUGGGUAUUAAUGACAAAAAUUGGUCGUAAACGCUCACUUCUUUUCUAUAUACUGUUGACUACAGUCUGCGUAUUAAUGAUCCCGUCAACUAUAAAAUAUAAUCCAGUGAUCACUGUUAGUAUCGCUCAGUUAGGGAAAUUAGCGAUUAGCGGUGCUGUUUGUGUGUCGUAUAUUUAUGUGCCAGAACUGUUUCCCACAACAAUUCGUUCAGGUGCAUCGGGUUUCUUUGCGUGUAUUGGAAGAAUUGGGGCCAUUAUUGCACCUCUAAUCGAUACAUCCUUGAAGGAAAAAGAUUUACACAUCACAUUCUACAUUUAUGCUUUAUUAGCAAUCAUCAUACUCGGUCUAACGUUUGUUCUACCAGAAACAAAAAAUCAACCAUUUCAAGAUAAAAUCGAUUAUACAAAGAAAAAGUUGAAGAAAACGACCACAAACAACACGAAUUAG